AUGCAACCGAGGUUUUAGAAUUGUACUGUUAAAAUUAAAUGCAAAUUUGAGAUUUUAAUUGAAUUUAUUAUGAUUCUAAAUUUAGAUAUCAUAAAAGAAGAAAUUAAUGAGUAAGAUGAAUAAAAGUCUUUUGAUAAAAUCCAAUAUCCUUUAUUACAAGAUGAUAACAAAUUUGAAAAUGAAUAAUUUAUUCCAGAUGAAAUAAUAGAAGAAGACGAUAAAAAUAGGGAAUCAAAUAAAGAAAAUAUGUAAUAGAUGGCAUCUAUGGUAUUCAUUGGCUUAGGAGGAUUUUACACAGAUUAAGCUAUUGAUUUUUAGGAAACAAAGCCUUAAAAUUAUUAAUAUAGAAGACUUACAAUAUAUUCUAAUUUUACAUAGAUUUUUAGAACAAGUGAAGUCGAAUUAGACAAUUUAGAAAAUUAGAAUAGAAAUUUAUUUGAAAACUUUUCAACUUUUGCAGCAUGUUCUAUACUCAUAUACUAAACAAUUAAUAAUGCUAUGAUACCUGCUUGGAUUAUGACAAUACCAUUAGAUAAAGUAUUGAAUAUAUAUAUAUAUAUAAAAUAUAGUAUUUGAGAAUAACUUGGAGAUUUUGGAUUUAGAGUAUGUUUUUAAUUCCUGUAAUGAUGUAUGAAUAAAGAACUGGAAGUUAAUAAGUUAAAUCGUAAUACGAAUUUAGAUAUAUUUUUUAAUGGGAAAAUAUGAGAUAACUUUAUUAUGCAAGUAUAAGUCCAACGAUAGCUUCCACAAUAUUUUUAUUUUGUUUUGAUUAUAAUUAUAUUGCCACUAUUUUUAUAUUGGGAUCAUAAACAAAUUUUUGGUUAUCAGCUGUACGUGUAUAAAGUUAGAAUCAUAUUUUAGAAAAAAGAGGGUAGAUAUUUAGUUUUUUUGGGUAUAAAUUGAAAUAAUAAGAUUUUUGUUGA